AGUUUAUAAAUUAGUUGUCUUUUAAAAUACCCCGCGCUGUAAAGUCGCGAACUUAAAACCAUAGAUAAGAUAACAAAACUGUGAUGUCACAUCUUUUUUAGUCGUAAUAUAAUUUCGCUAAAGAUUUAUUUAUUAUCUACACAUUAAUUGUGCUUGUGAGUUUAUUAAUUGUGUUAUUAAUUUAUUGUUGUGAAUAAAUAUGAUUUAUAAACCUGUAACUCACGUUUUAUUUGACAUGGAUGGUUUGAUAUUGAAUACGGAAGACUUGUAUACGAUAGGUUUUCAAAAGAUCGCAUCAAGAUAUGGCAAAGAGUUUACAUUUGAUUUGAAAUGUAGAAUUAUGGGUCAACAGACUAGGGAAUUUGCCGCCUCUAUUAUCAACGGCCUUGACCUACCACUGACCGUGGAUGAGUUCGUGAAAGAGACACGAUUCAUUUAUGAAGAAUUGUUUCCACAAUCUAAGAUAAUGCCUGGAGUCGAAAGACUUAUACGACAUUUACGUGACAAUGGCGUUCCUAUUGGCCUUGCAACGAGUAGCAGUAAGGAAACCUAUGAUUUAAAAGUAAAAAAUCAUUUAGGAUUAUUCGAUAUGCUGAAGUUUAAGACAUGGGGCUCUUCUGAUCCUUUAGUGAAGAGAGGAAAGCCCUAUUCAGAUAUAUUUCUCGUGGCUGCAGAUAAGUUUCCAGACAAACCGGCCCCAGAAAAGGUGUUAGUAUUCGAAGACUCGAUAAAUGGUGUAAAAGCGGCCCACUCCGCUGGUAUGCAAGUUGUGAUGAUACCAGAUCCGAGACUUGACCGGUCACUUGCACCUGAAGCUACACUUAUACUAAACUCUAUGGUGGAUUUUAGACCGGAAUUGUUUGGUCUGCCGCCAUACACACAACCAAAGUAGUUAGUUUUAUAAUUUUUAACAACCCACAACUUGGUAAUAGUAUUUCCUCUGACGUAAAUCAUGUUUAAGACGUAUUGUAAAUCCCUCAUUAUUUGUGAAAAAACAAAUUUAACAAUCAAAUAAUAUGCCUUUGAACCUAUUGAAUUUCACGUUUACAUGCAUGAUGUUAACAGUACUUUACUGUCUACCCGAGGUUUAGGUUAAGUGCCAUCUGCGCCAGGCCACUUCAGGCCCGGUGAAGUUGUAAAUGCCUCUUCAAGGUAAACAGUGACACAGUCACAAAAAUAUAAUGUCCACACACCUUCAGUUUUUACUGAACAAUCGAACUGUACAGUUAAAACUGUGCGUGUAACUGUCAGUUGAACUACGUGUAGUAUGAAAAUUAGUGAAAAUCGCCAUCGUAUCAAUCUUUUCAUCGACAAAAUUUUGACCAUGACGAUACUAAGGCGAUUAUCACAAAUCUUUGUCCUAAACCCACUGUGCAUUUGGAUCCGAUUGACUGUACAAUUAAAAAAAAAAAUGAUGGACUUUGACAGCUGAACGGAUCAUUUGAUUUAUUACAAUAA